CCCUCUUUCUUUCUCACACACACUGUCUUUAUUGUAUAAAACAAACAAGGAAAGGAACGUAAAAUCCGAAAUAGAAAAGGGGGCACCUCAUCGAAGCAGACAAGCCCUCCUCUUCCUUCCUCCUCAACUCUCUCUCCAGAUUUCUUAAGGACUACCCAAUUCACCCCACUGUUUCUCUUCUUCUGGUACUUCCUUCUCUUCCCUUUCCGACACCUCGUUCGUUCUCUCUGAUUUGCUCCUUUCUUCUUUCUCUAUCUGGGCAACUCAUCUCGCAUCUUAUAUCCAUUACUUUCAACCGCCAAAUUGGUUGUGGUCUCUUCAGGCUCUCUUUUUUUAAAAAUUGCACGGUGAAGGAAAACCCUCAUGUUGUAUUUUCCUUCUUUCCCAUCUCGCAUCUGGGCUGAUUUCGGAUCCAAACUGCGGAGAAAAUCCUUGAUUUUGGAGCUAGGGUUUUUGGAUUCCAGAUUACGGCCUUAGGGCUUCCGUGAGAAAGGGUAUGGAGGGAUCCGACGAUGAUGGUACCUCCUCUCAGGAAAACCCUAAGGAAUUUCGCGAUGCUGGUUUCUCAGGCAACACGCGGUUUGAUGCUUCCCAAUAUGCAUUUUUUGGGAAAAAUGUUGCUGAAGAAGUUGAAUUGGGUGGUUUGGAUGAUGCUGAUGAUUUACUUGUCGGAUUUGAUGAUGAGGAAUAUCGAUUUUCUUCAAUUGGAGAGAGAGAGGAGGUUGAAGGCAUGGAAGGUUUUUCUGAGCUUGAUGAUCUUGCCACUACAUUUAUGAAGCUAAACAAGGCUGAUGAGGAGCCAAGGAGCAUAGAGAGCAUUGGAAAUCGUGAGUUUUUGUCCAGAGAAAGUUCAUCUGCAGCUGAUUGGUCACGGGAACCAGAUAUUUCAAAUUGGGCAGACCAGAAUAUGAUGGAUUCUAGUAGUACCCAUUUGGGAAAGAGAUGGUCAUCUCAGCCGCAUCCAUCCUCGGUGCAACUCACUGAAUCAAAAGAACAACUGUAUAGAACUUCAUCUUACCCUGAACAACUACAACAUCAUCCUCAUUCUGACCCCAUUCUUGUGCCCAAGUCAUCCUUCAACUCGUAUCCUCCACCUGGUGGUCAGCUCCAUGCUUCACCUAAUCAGUCGCAAUUUUCUCCUGGAAAUCCUCUGUCUUUUGCUGGACCGAUCAUUUCCCAUCCUCCCUACGGAAUGCACUCUGGUAAUGCCAUGCCUCAUCAGUUCUUUCCUCAUGGACUUCCAAAUAAAAAUGGAACCCAUCAAAAUAAUUGGGUGAACCAGAGAAGUGUAUUCUAUGAAAAUCAUGUGCCACCUUUGCCUGGUAUCGUGCAUCAGCAGUUACCGUCCAAUGGGUUGAUGUCUUCACAGUUACUGCAGCAGCAGCAGCAAAGACUGCAUUCUAUGCAGGCACCCAUGUCUCAUUAUCCUGUGGUUCAGCAGCAGUUAUUUAAUGUGCAUUCGUCUCCUCCAUCUCACAUGAUGAACAAGUGUGAACCUAUGUUGGGGAUGCCAGAUCUUAGAGAGCAAAGACAAAAACCGUACCACUGGGGGCGCCAACAAGCAGCCAAUACGCGAUUUGGUCCAUCAAGCUUUGAUACAAGUGGCCAACGAAGUGAUAAUGGUUGGCCUCAAUUUCGUUCAAAGUACAUGUCAGCUGAAGAGGUUGAGAACAUUCUUAGAAUGCAGCAUGCUGCUACUCAUUGCACUGAUCCAUAUAUAGAUGAUUACUACCAUCAAGCAUGCCUAGCCCAAAAGUCUGCUGGAUCAAGGGUGAAACACCAUUUUUGCCCUUCACAUUUGAGGGAUAUGCCUCCACGUGCACGUGCAAAUUCAGAACCACAUGCCUACUUGCAGGUUGAUGCACUUGGGCGUGUUCCAUUUUCUUCUAUCCGAAGGCCUCGUCCUUUGCUUGAAGUUGAUCCACCUUCAUCAUCAAAUGAUAUCACCUUUGAUCAAAAGCCUAUUGAGAAACCUCUUGAGCAAGAGCCUAUGCUUGCAGCUAGGAUCAUGAUUGAAGAUGGACUUUGUCUUUUACUGGAUGUUGAUGAUAUUGACCGUGUGUUGCAAUUUACUCAGCCACAAGAUGGUGGUGCCCAUCUUCGACGGAGGAGGCAGGUUCUUUUGGAGGGGCUAGCUGCCUCUUUGCAACUGGUUGAUCCACUUGGCCAUAGCAAAGGCAGCCAUCCUGUCAACUUGGCACCAAAGGAUGACCUUGUAUUCUUGCGCUUGGUGUCUCUUCCAAAGGGUCGUAAGCUUCUUGCCAGGUAUCUCCAUCUCCUUGUCCCUGAUGGAGAGCUGACACGGAUUGUUUCCAUGGCUAUAUUCCGUCACCUGAGGUUUCUAUUUGGUGGCCUACCAUCAGAUCAAAGUGCCGCAGAAACGACUACUGCUCUGGCUAGGACCGCCUCUGCAUGUGUGUGCAGCAUGGAUCUCAGUUCAUUGAGUGCUUGCCUUGCUGCAGUUGCCUGUUCAUCAGAGCAACCACCUCUGCGCCCACUUGGAAGUUCUGCCGGUGAUGGUGCUUCCAUCAUCUUGAAAUCUGUUCUUGAUAGAGCAACGGAUCUCUUUACUGACCCUCACAUGGCUGCCACAUACAACAUGUCUAAUCGUGCUCUUUGGCAGGCAUCAUUCAAUGCCUUCUUUAAGUUACUCACUAGUUAUUGCCUGAGUAAGUAUGACAGCAUCAUCCAUUCAUUGAUCGUCCAUGCUGCCAACACACCGGCUGUUGGGGCUGAGGCAGCAAAAGCAAUAAGCAGGGAAAUGCCAGUCGAAUUGCUUAGGGCCAGCAUUCCACACACAAAUGAGCAUCAGCGCAAGUUGCUGUCAGAUUUCGCACAGCGGUCCAUGCCUGUUUCUGGUUUCCAUGGACAUGUAAGCUCAGAAUCUGUGCAGGGAUAAGAAAUGCAGUUGCAUUUGAACGAGAGUUCGUGGAUGCAAGCUAUUUUGCUUCUUGUCCAGCUGUUGCAAAGGCUGCACAGGGCUGCUCCAGAUGCACAUGCCAAAAUGAAAGAAUAAGCCUUCAGCGAGUCUUAUUUAAUGUUGUUUUCUUUAAUUUUUAAAACUCAUCUUGCGUCCUCUGAAAUGUCCUCAUUUUAAAAGUGGAUAAAAAACUUUUAGGAGGCUGGUCGCCUUUGUGAGAGCUGUAUUUUGGUGCUCUGAAUUUAAAAUUGCAGGCAGUAAAGUGGGAACAGUAUGUACAGGGGCCGAUAUCAUUUGGAUGCCCUUUUCUGUGUUUUUCUUUUCUCGUUUCUUGGAAGAAAAUGGUUAGCGUCAGUUGGACAUGGUUCUGAUAUCGUCAUCGCUGAGUUUUUUUUAGGGGUGAUAUGUAUAUUAGAGCAGAACCAGGCUUUCUUGUAUCGGAAUCGGAGUUUGUUGGCUGCAUUUUCAUCUUUCUGUACCACUAGACAGGGUAAUGUGGAGUGUUAUUUCUUUAUUUUCA